GAUGAAGAGAUUGGAGGAGGAGAUGAAGAAAGUACAACAAGAGGAGGAAGAAAGAAGAAAAGUUGUUGAAGCAGAAGCGGCAGCAGAAGAAGAGAAAGAGAGGAUGAGGAUUGAGAGUGGAGAAGGGAGUAGUGGUGGCACGAUGACGAGGGAAACAGAUACAGGGCUAGAGAAGAAGAUCAGCGAGUGGGUCGCUAAUUUAUCGUUGGGGGAAGACGAGGAGGCAGAGUCCUAUGUAACUAAGGAUGAGAAGGUUGCACUGGCCGCCGAGCUAGCAGCCAUGACAGACCCGAUGGAACGAAGAGAGAGGGAGGAGGAACAAAAAUUAGCAUGGAAGCUGAGGAUGAAGAGAGAGAAGAAGAAGAGGAGAGAGGAAGUGAACAAGAUGACCGCAGAGGUGGCAAAGGUGCAGGAGUAUAGAGCGGAGGUGCUGGCCCAACCAGACGACAAGGCCAAGUGGGACAAAGUAUUGGGCUAUUUAGAGGUGUUGAGCAAGGCCUGGAUGGAGGAGCGCCAGACAAGCUGGAGCCAGGAUGUAGCGUUGAGUGCCAUGCGGUCAGGGUUUAGAGAUUUCAUGCGCGAGUUCGUCACCCAUAUUGGGGGUGAAGUGAAGCAAUUGAGAGAUAAUGUAGGGAAGUUUUGUGAGGGCGCCAUUCAGGGUGUCAAAGCUGUAGCCGCUGUAGAGGGAGAGGCCAGACCCCGUAAGGAUCCAGUGAAACUCAAGUUCCCAGAUGCGUACGGGGGGAAGAAGGAAGAAAACUUUAACAACUUGGAAGCCAGUGUCAAUAGUUAUAUUUAUUUGCAGCAUAUCUUGGUCGAGGAACAAGUCCUUGUGGCCUUCCAGACCCUCAAAGAUGAAGCGGCUAGUUUUGCCAGGUCUCUUGCGCGUACAGCCGGAGGGAUGAAGCAUGUGGAGGAGGAGGAUUCACAGUCUGACGAAGAGGACGACGUAGCCAGGGAGCUGCUCGAGGAGCUGUGGGAGGUGGUGGAGAAAGAGCUGUGGGAGGUGGGAGAGCCAGCGGACGUGGCGACGAUCUCCAUCAUCAUCAUCAUCAUCAUCAUGUCGGAUACUCGGCUUGACCAGCUGCGGCUGAUCACACUCCGCGGGACGCUCAAGAGCCUCUUCAGGCAGAGAGAAACCCCUUCACCCCUUUCUCCAUCUGCAGGCCUACCUCCAGCUGGACGUCGACGCGGAGCCGUUGCUUCGAAGACGAUUGCACCGGCGGCUUGGGAGUCCUUUCCCAGCUCUCGCCGUUGGUCAUGGCGGUGGACAUCAGGAUCAUCAUUCACCGUGCCAGUGCGGCGGGCCAGCRGCUUGGCAAUGUACCCGACGUUGACGAUGGCUAUGGCGGUCUCGAAGCCCGAACAAAACCCUUUCGCGGACCAUUCACAGAACUCUGCACUCCCUACCCCGCCAUUCUCCGGCUUUGUCCCGGAAGGAGAGUCUCCACCUGCCUCGGGGUUCCGCCGAUUUUCGGGGCUGAGUGGGAUAUCCAACUUGCUGAAGAUCCCCAGUCAGGACGGACGGAAGACGGGAUUCACGGAUCCUAGAAAGGGUAGGGGUAACCCGUCCAAAUCGAAAGGUACUGGGACUGACAAGACGCAGGGGAUAGGGAAGGAGAAACGCAAUGAUCAAGGGUUGAAAGAAAAGGGUCACAAUAAGAAGGAGAAGGACAAUCGGGCGAAAGGCUCGAAAGGGGAUGAGAAGAGAAGAGGCGAACGAGAAGAGGUUAGCUCGGAUCGGUCAGCCACAAUGGAGCCUCGUCAGAUUCGGAGUCUGCUGGCUUACUCAGACAAACUCAGUUGGAGAGGAGAGCGAUCAAGGCAUUAUCAAAACCUUCGAAGAAAUAUGUUAAGAAGGUUUAAGACUCCAUCAGUAGUACUGCAAAUCACUGAUGACUUGGGGGACGAAGGAUCAAUUGCUAAAGAAUGGAAAACUCUUGAGUCUGUAGAAUUAUCGAAGGAGCUGAUACCUCUCAAUAACGAAAUUAGAAUUCCUGAUCUUAUUGAUUUGGGAGCUAUGAAGGAAGUGGCAGUUGAUUUGACUCUUCGGAAGGGUUCAGGAGCCAGAGGAGCUCAGUGGAGUGUUUCCAUUCCACUGGACCUCCAAGAACUGACUCAAAAGCUGAAGACGACUUUGCUUCAAGCUCCCGUCGUAAGCAUCUAUGACCCGACCUUGCCUACCAAAGUGACAACGGACACUUCAAGUUACGACAUUGGCGCGGUUUUGGAACAGCAUGACGGCACAUAUUGGCAUCCGGUUGAGUACUUUAGCCAAAAGGUGCCACCCAUCAACACUCUUGAUGAUGCGAGGAAGAAGGAACUGCUAGCUUUUGUCACCGUACUUAAGCGUUGGCGUCACUUUCUUCUCGGGCGUCGGCGAUUCACGUGGGCAACGGACAACAAUCCGUUGACGUAUUACAACACGCAAGGCAAGGUGAGCAGCACGAUUGGUCGAUGGAUGUACUUCAUUGACCAGUUCGAUUUCACCUCCAAGUACAUUCCGGGCUCCUCGAACAAGGCAGCGGAUGCUUUCUCGCGAAGACCUGAUCUUUGUGCCUUGGUGCACUCCACAUUCGGCCUCGACGAGAACCUGCAACAACAUUUCAUAAACGGCUACAAGUCGGAUCCGAGAUUCUUCAUGCUCUAUGCGGACUUAUCAUCGGAUCACCCGCCGGCAAGCAACUAUCACAUUGUCGACGGCUACUUGCUUCUUCAUACACGAGGCAAGGACUUGUUGUGUGUACCCCAAGACCGCAUCUUGCGCACUCGCCUCCUUGGCGAAUACCACGAUUCGCGGCUAGCGGGACACCUUGGUGUCGCACGCACACUGGCACGACUCCGCCAACGAUUUCACUGGUCGGACAUCAUCAACGACGUCAACCGGUACAUUCAGUCAUGUGCAGUUUGCCACGGGAACAAAGGAUGCCAUCAUCUCCCGUACGGUUGACUGAAACCAUUGCCGAUUCCUCGGAAACCAGGUCUCUUCAUUGCUAUGGAUGUGAACGACCCUUUCCCUCGCGAUCGCCUUGGCCAUG